AUGUGGUGGAAGACCGCCGCGAAGAGAGUUGAAGGGUCCCUGCUGCCUGUGUUGACGAGACAGUCUAAUUUGAGUGUUCCAGCCGCAGCAGCUUCCUUUUCGUCGUCAACAACGGUUCCCAUCAUUGAGCUCCGUGAGUAUGCGGUACAACCAGGACACAUGGAAGCAUACAUGGAAGCCACCAUCCAAUCAGCGUCUCUGCGAACGUCCCUUUCUCCUUUACGAUUCUUUAGUGUCCCUGAAACGGGUGGGCAGCUGUUGGUUGCCACUCAUGCGUACUACUAUCAAGGAGGUCAUGCCGACCGUGAUGCCACACGAGCCAAAAUGGCACAAAAUCCCGAGUGGACGGCCUACCUCGAUACGAUCUUCCCCUAUCUCGAUACGGCACAAUCGAAUAUUUACGUCGAAGCGCCGUUAGUGUCUCAAAUAGAUGGAGUCGUGGGUCUAAAAUCUGUCCCACUUCCAAUCGACAAUCAUCCUGAUAAUUCCAUUUUGGAACUGCGACGGUACCAAUUGCGACUGGGAUACGAUACUGUCCCGCAGUUUCUACAGUACUACGGAGACGGAUUGCCUUCCAAAUUGGCGGCACCGGGGACGGAUCCUAGCACCUCUCUGGUCACUCUCCUCUAUACCGAAGUGGGACGGCUCAAUGAAGUCAUUGAAAUUUGGAGGCACGGCAAUGGUACCCAUGCCAUGGAACAAUCCCGGGUCGCGGCACGGUCGGCACAAGAAUGGAGGACGGCCAUUGCCAAGAUUGCCGAUUUGGCCAUUCAAUUCACAUCGACCAUUCACAAACCAACCAGUUUUUCUCCCCUGCGGUAA